AUGACUCCCGUUUGGCCGCUUGCAACGCCGCCUCACCAACAUCUUUCCCUCCACACCACCACCAACGACGACGACCCUUUUGCCAUGCCUCCCUCGCUCAAUGGCAUCGCCGCCGAAGGCCCCGUGCAAACCAAUGGCCACGCCAGCAGCGUCGGCGAGCAGACAAUUGCCAACGCCGUCGCUCACCGGCCCAAGACGCCCACCACCGCCGCCAUGGCCCUGACCGAGUACAGCGCCUGCCCCUCGCCGCCAUCGGAGACGCACCAGGCGCGCAUCAAGCAAAUUGUUCCCGACGAGUUUUUGCUGCCAGAUGGUUACCCAGAUUAUCUCCGCAUGAUUCUCUCCGCCACCUCGCGCAUCUACGAAGCCUGCAAGGCCACGCCCCUCACCCACGCCGUCAACCUCAGCAACCGGCUCGAAUGCAACGUCCUGUUCAAACGCGAGGACGAGCAGCCCGUCUUCAGCUUCAAGCUGCGCGGCGCAUACAACAAGAUGGCCCACCUCGACCCCGCGCAGUCCUGGAAAGGCGUCGUCUGCUGCUCCGCCGGCAACCAUGCGCAGGGCGUCGCCUACUCGGCCCGCAAGCUCAAGAUCCCCGCCACCAUCAUCAUGCCCGAGGGCACCCCGAGCAUCAAGCACACCAACGUCGCCCGCCUCGGUGGCCACGUCGUCCUGCAUGGGGCCGACUUUGACGCCGCCAAGGACGAGUGCGCCCGCCGCGCCGCCCAGGAUGGUCUCAUCAACAUCCCCCCCUUUGACGACCCCUACGUCAUUGCCGGCCAGGGCACCAUUGGCAACGAGCUCUUUGCCCAGGUCAACAUGGCCAAGGUCGAGGCCAUCUUUUGCGGCGUCGGCGGCGGCGGCCUCAUUGCCGGCAUCGGCGUCUACGUCAAGCGCAUGGCGCCGCACGUCAAGAUUAUCGGCGUCGAGGCCCACGACGCAAACGCCAUGGCCCAGUCGCUCAAAAAGGGCGAGCGCGUCGUCCUCAAGGAGGUCGGCCUCUUUGCCGACGGUGCCGCCGUCAAGUCGGUCGGCGAGGAGCCCUUUCGCCUCGCCAAGGAAGUCGUCGACGACGUGAUUGAGGUUAGCACCGAUGAGAUUUGCGCCGCCAUCAAGGACAUGUACGACGACACCCGCUCCGGCCUCGAGCCCGCCGGCGCGCUGCCCAUUGCCGGCCUCAAAAAGUAUGUUGCGCGCCACCCAUCCCACGACCCCAAGCGCAGCCUCAUCGCCAUCACUUCGGGCGCCAACAUGAACUUUGACCGCCUGCGGUUCGUCGCCGAGCGCGCCACACUCGGCGAGGGCAAGGAAGUGCUUCUGGCCUGUACUAUUCCCGAGCGGCCCGGCGCGUUUGGCAAGCUCAUCGAAGCCGUCAUGCCCCGCCCCGUGACUGAGUUUUCGUACCGCCAUGCCGGCGGCGACGUCGCCAACGUGCUCCUAGGCCUCUCGCUCACAGCGCCUGUCGCGCAGCGCGCCGACGAGUUGCGCCGCCUGCUCGCCCGCGUCCGCGACGACGGCACCAUGACCGUUACGGACCUCUCCGGCGACGAGCUCACCAAGAGCCACAUCCGCUACUUGGUCGGCGGCCGCGCCGGCGUACCAAACGAGAAGCUCUUUAUGUUUACGUUUCCCGAGCGGCCCGGCGCGCUGGAGCGCUUCCUACUCGCGGUCCGACCCAAGUUUAACAUUAGCCUCUUCCAGUACCGUAAUUACGGCGGUGACGUCGCCAAGAUCCUCGCCGGUAUCGCCUGUCCCGAUGAAGAGCUACCGGAGCUGGUGGAUUUCUUAAAGGAGCUGGGCUACCCGUUCGAGAACUGCACCGACUCCGAGGUAUACAAAAUGUUCUUGCGGACUUGA